GUGUGCAUUUUCAGUUUGAUCCCACUUUGAUGAAGAAAAAGAAGAAGAAGAAGACUUUCGAUUUGGACGCCGCGUUAGGUCUGGACGAUGGUUCCAAGAAGGAGGAAACAAAAGAAGUAGUUAAUGAAGAUGCCACAGCUGCAAAUGAUAUUGAUGACGAUCUGGAUUUGGAAAGUUUCGGCAAGAAGAAGAAAAAGAAGAAGAAGGCUAUUAAUUUAGAUGAAUUGGAAGGUGCUCUACCCAAAGUAGAGGGCGAGGAGACGCCAGGCGAAGAAAAAACUGGCGAAUCUAUGGAUGCAGAAGAGGGUGCAGAGACUGAUGCCCCAGCUGCUGACUAUACAUAUGAUGAACUCUUGAAACGCAUUUUCAGCAUAAUAUUGGAUAAAAAUCCUGAAAUGGCUGCCGGCCGUAAGCCCAAGUUUGUGAUGAGACCACCACAAGUGUUGCGCGUGGGCACAAAGAAAACCUCAUUCGCAAAUUUCCUCGAUAUCGCCAGAACGUUGCAUCGUUUGCCAAAACAUUUGCUGGAUUUCCUUUUGGCUGAAUUGGGUACUAGUGGUUCCCUUGACGGUAAUCAACAGCUGAUUAUCAAGGGACGUUUCCAACCUAAACAGAUUGAAAAUGUGCUACGUCGAUACAUUAAAGAAUAUGUCACCUGCCACACAUGUCGCUCUCCUGAAACAAUUCUACAAAAAGAUACACGUAUUUUCUUCCUGCAGUGUGAAUCAUGCGGUUCUCGUUGUUCGGUGGCUAGUAUUAAAUCUGGUUUCCAGGCUGUUACUGGCAAGCGUGCUGCUAUCAGAGCAAAGACUACGUAAA